AUAGCUAUCCAGUUUUAUUAUAUUUCAGUGGCCGUAAGUGAGACGGAACUGAGCCGAGACGACCAUCGAACACAGCUAUUGAGUGCUCUUGAGCCUUGACUUCACUAGUUUUAUACGAAUUGAAAUUUUUGACAGUGUAACCGGUUAAGUCACUUGAAUUUGUAGUUGUCACCAAUAAGAAAAUUAACUUAAUUUUCGUUAAUAUGUUUUCUGCGUAUCGUUAUUUAUCAGAAUAUGACAGGCACAAAAAAUUAAUUAAUGAUUAUUUUCAAAUUCGUGGAGGAUCCGCACUACAGCUCAAACGAGACACGUCGAGAGAUAAGUUCGACUACGACGUCAUUAGAGAAAACCAUAAGUUUUUGUGGGAAAACGAUGAUGAUGUGCCGGAAACCUGGGAAGCCCGUUUGGCCAAAAAAUACUACGACAAGCUGUUCAAAGAGUAUUGCAUUUGUGAUUUGACACAUUACAAAUAUAACAAGGUGGCUUUGAGAUGGCGUAUUGAAAAAGAAGUUGUCAUUGGAAAAGGACAAUUUGAAUGUGCCAAUAAAAAAUGUCCAAUGAAAAAUGAUCUUAAAUCUUGGGAAGUAAAUUUUGGAUAUGAUGAAAACGGUGAGAAGAAAAAUGCGCUUGUCAAAAUACGUUUAUGUCCAGAAUGUUCAUCUAAAUUAAAUUAUCACUCGAAAAAAAGGGAAGUUAAACGAAAAAAAUCAUUAAAACCGUUUAAUACUGCGUCCGAUAUGAUAAGUAUUCCAUCAAGUUCAAACAAAAAUAAAAAAACUACUACAAUAAAAGUUGAACAAGAAGGAAAUGAAUUGAAAAUCGUUAAUAAUAAUGGUGAAAAAAAAUUAAAAGAACAAGACGCGACUGAUAUUUGGAAAGAAAAAAUUGUGGAGAGUGUUGAAAAAUCAAGAGAAGAUGAAUUUGAAGAGUAUCUUGCUGAUCUUUUCGUCUAGAUUAAAGAUUACUUCCGAAUAAUGAGUGGUGUUUUUUUUUUUUUUUCAAUUCAUUUUCAUUUUAUCAAUUUUUGAAGAUGACACCAUCUCCAUAAAAUAAAAAAUAUUACAUUUCAUCCAUGAAUUGAUGACUCGAAAUUUUUUUCAACUUUUUAUAUAACUUCAAUUACAUUUAGAAAGUUAUAAAUGUGAAACUUUUAUUAAUAAUUAUCAUUUUCAACGUUCUGAAUAAUUAAAUAAUUUUGAUCUCAAUUAUUA